AUGCGAUUGCACCACAUACAACAUAACCUCUUCAUUGGCUGCAUAUCCAUGCAACAUGAGUAGCGUUUAAAAAACGAGAUGCAGCCGUAAUUUUUACGCGAUGAAGUGUCCAAAUUGUGAAAACACAAAAUUGCAACCUGAAUUUAAAUUCUGCCCAGUUUGUGGUUAUCGUCUGGCACGCGAUCAAGAUAACCCACCGAAGGAACCAAAGAUCGUGCCAGCUGUUUCGAGCGAGGACCUGAAAGGCGAUGGAACAGGGGGAAAACAUGACAAUAGAAGUGAGGAACAAGUUAAAGGUGAAAGUCUACAACAGAUUGGGACUAAUACAGAAACAAAUCAAAACAAGUCUUCUUUCAACCAACAAUGGGGACCAAUGCAGGUGCCCAACAGCAGUGCUUCUCCUGUCCAACAGGAGGAAGCUGUUGGGGAAAAAGGCCCAAGGCCAUCAUCAGUAAGUGGUCAUUGCUCAGACAAGACUCCAGCCGCAACUGAUCCAGAUAACAAGGACCUUAGGAAGGCUGAAGAAAUAGCAACUGGAUUUGUGGAAGGGGGUUCUGCAGCAGUUUCCAACACACUUGAAAGGGCUGAAACAGGUGAAAGAUUUGUGGAAGGGGGUUCUGCAGCAGUUACCAACACAUCUGAAAGGGCUGAAACAGGUGAAAGACAAGGAGAGGACAUUGCCUCAGAGGUAAAGCAGCUUGACAACCUCAACCUCAGUGCUCUCCCUGUUGAACAGGAGGAAGCCGAUCCAGCUGAAAAAAACCCAGAGCCAUCAUUAGACAGUGGUCAUUGCUCAGACAGGACUCCAGCCACAACUGAUCCAGAUAACAAGGACUUAGGGAAGGCUGAAGGAGCAGCAACUGGAUUUGUGGAAGGGGGUUCUGUAGCAGUUACCAACACACCUGAAAGGGUUGAAACAGGUGAAAGACAAGGAGAUGACAUUGCCUCGGAGGUAACACAGCUAAACCACCUCAGCCUCAGUGCUCUCCCUGUUCAACAGGAGGAAGCUGCAGCUGAAAAAGGCUGCAGACCAUCAUCAGAAAGUGGUCAUUGCUCAGACAGGACUCCAGCCACAACUGAUUCAGAUAACAUGAACUUAGGGAGGGAUGAAGAGGUAGCAAAUGGAGUUGUGGGAGAGAGUUCUGCAACAGUUACCAACUCACCUGAAAGGGCUGAAACAGGUGAAAGACAAGGAGAGGACAUUGCCUUGGAGCAAAAAGUCGAAAACAAAGGCAAGGGAAAGGAGGAGGAGGGAAGCACUCCUCAGCAUCAAUCCUCAAUACCCCCCAAACAACUUCAAGGCACAUCUGAAGCUGGAGUUACUGUAGUGUUCCAUGUUCUGGUUUCUUCAGUGUUUGAAUUGACCGACGGAAAUCUUUCCAUACGGGCAAGAGGGGUUGAGUUUGGAGAUUUUGAACGUAGCUGUGUUGAUUUGCGUGCAGUAGACCGAUCUUACAAACGGAACGAAAAGGAUUAUCUUCAACCUUUUCAAGGCCAGCUCACGUUGACCCUUGAUCAAGCUCGCGAGGGUACCAGUUACAAUUAUGUUGUGACCAUUGGAGAAAACCACUUUUGGGAGGACUUGGCCGAGUUUUUACCUAGACGUGGAGUCUUUAGCACUGUCAGCAGGGCACUAAACAUUCCGAAUGAUCAUAUUAAACCAGAUGUGACAUGGGAUCAAGUGGACGGAGUGGCGUAUUUUUACGAAAAAAAGUCUGUUUUAAAAGGAAUUGACCAGAAAGCUGAGUAUUGCUCGAUGGCGUUUCAUUGUUACCUGCCAAAAUGGAGAGGCUUUCUUUUGAACGAGGCAACUAAACUGAUGAAUGCCACAGAAGCAUUGACGAGACUGAAUUUUGUUGUGGACAGCCUCUCAACUGUUUGCAUACAAGAAGGUCUUAGCCAACCUAAAAGGAAGCCCUCACGUUUCAAUGGUCAAAAGGUAUUGUUGGACCUUUUGAUGCCAAAAGUGGAAGCCAACAUCGCCAUCUUGACUGAAAGUAAAUUCGGGUCAAUAGAUCACAAGUCCGCAUUGAUUUCAUCACUAGCUAUCAUUGUCGUUUUCAAAAGGUACUCCAUACACUUUAAGAGAGAGAAAGGGAUUUCACUGUUGGGUUGUCUCGCCUUUGAAGCAGAUCUGCAUGGAGAACUGCGUUCUGUUUGUGAAGAGGUGGUGGCCGAAUUUAGCACUGAACUGAGGAGAUUUGCCGCAAACGCUGUUGAAAGCCUUUAUGAUAAGUCAAUGAGAUCCACCACCGCGAAGAUUGACUUAAGGUGGCUCAUGGAUGUUCUUAGAUCAAUGCCUGAGCAGCAAAGCAGUACUUUUACAAGAAACGAGGACCAUAGCUCAAGCAACAGUCAAAUUCAAGGCGAAACAAACACCCCUGAUCGAGCCCAGGAACAUCCUGUUGGCUCAAGUUCUAACCCUUGUGAAGAAAACUCUACUGGAGCAGUGGAAAGCGAAUGUGCCCCUCCAAAUCUUUCUGAUGGUCGACGUCAAGAAUCGAGUGGUCCAGUCACGAGAGCGGCUGCAAAGAGAGAAUCACAUAAUCAGUCCAAUGUGUCACACAAAGGAGAAGAUAAACAUGUAUCUCAGUCUCAUCCACCCCAACCGGAAGACGAGACGAAAUUAGGUGAAGGUGGUAAUGAAAAACUGAAAAAAGGAAAGCAUCAAAGUUCAGACGAGAAGGAUGGAAGCGCCACUGGGCAGAGACCCACAGUACAGAAGCGUUCUUUAACCUUACAACAAGUUGCACCAGAAGCUGGCGUUACUGUGGUCUUCCAUGUUCUGCUUGCAUCAAAUUUUAAAAUGACGGACGAAAGGCUCUUUAUACGAGCCGGUGGGGAUGAUUUGGGCCACUUUCGAGAGAACUGUGUCGAUAUGAUUCCAGUUGAAACCAGUGGGAGAAAGGUCAAAGAAAAACUUAUGCUCUUUCGCGGGGAGUUCACUUUGAAACUUGAUCGAAGUCGCAUAGGCGUUUAUUACAAAUAUCUGGUAGUCAAAAAGGGAGUUUCUUAUUAUGAAGAAUUACCAGAAUUUCCCUCCCACUUCGGUAGUGUCGUCAACAGAGCCAUACGAAUUCCUGAAAACUGUAUUAAACCGGGCGCAACAUGGAAUCAAUAUGACGGAGUAGCCUACAUUUACGGAGACAAGGGCAUGCUUUCCAAAAUAGCAGAUUUUUUUUCCGGCAAGAAUAAUCUAGCUGAAUAUCGAACGAAGGCAAUGAUGUGUUUUCUACCAAAAUGGAGGGGUUUUCUUGUGGACGAAACCCCCGCAAAAAUGGAUGCCACAGAAGCGGUAAAGAGACUAAUUGAUGUCGUGGAAUGUCUCUCACAUGUUUGGAUAGAAGAAGGUGGUUACUUUAAGCUAAAGAAGCCUACCAAUUUUAAUGUCCAAAAGGCGUUAUUGGACCUAUGGAAACCUAAGAUAGAGGAAAACGUUUCCACCUUGGCCAAAUGUCAAGUGGGAUCAAGUAACCACGUGUCUGUGGUAGUCUCAUCGCUAGCCAUCCUUCUUGCGGUGAACGAUUACGCAAUAAACCUGGAAAGCGAAGAUCUGAACAAAAUUCUUAGUUGUCUAGCCCUUCAAGCCGAUACGAGUGAAAAAAGAUGUCCAGCUUAUGAAGCAGUUCUUACCGAGUUUGACACCGAGUUCAGACACUUUGCCAUCAGCACCAUUGAAAGAUUUUGUAAUCAGUCUAUGAAGCAAGCUUGGAAUUCUAAUCCUGAAUGGCUUUUGGCUAUACCGCUGCUACAUUUCUUGCGUGGAGACUCAAAGCCUUUUGAGGAACCUGAUGUCGGGGAAUUUCCUCGAGCCUUGACUUGGUGGGGAGCUCAGCAACUAGCAAUAACAGAUUUUCAGCGUUCUGAGAAACGGGAUUUUACAGAUGUGUGGCCUCGUCUUGUUGCAGCCUUCCAAGUAGAUCUUUUGUUGAAAAGAACCUUUCUCCGGGCAGUCCCUGUUUGGAUGCUGAGUGAACUUGUGCCAACUAGAUUGUUCGACGUCUCCGACGUUUGCAUUGCUUUGGUCACGUCGUUUCCUCGUGGAGUUUUAAACAAGGAAAAGAAAAUGUUAAUCGAGAAGUGCAUUUUAUCGAUGAUCAAUAUUCUGGAGGGAGCUAACGAAACAAUCAGUUCUAACAUGAAGAUUGUGAAGUUCAAAGUUUCUGCAAGUUUGCAGUUCGUUGAUGUUUGCUUGGACAAGCUCCCUUUCCGAGAGAACAUGGAACUGAUUUGUCUUGCAAUCAAGCUAUUGUUUACAAGCAUACAACAUUGUCAACAAUCCAUACUAGAAAGUCAAACUGAGAACCCCAUCAAUCUUCAAGAAAUGGAAGCCUUGAAAAAAGAGAGUCUGAGUUCUCUUUCGAAAAAGCUUAGAAGUAAGGUGGAAUCAGUUCUUGAUACUAGGAUGCCUGACAACUACCAGAGUGAAGCUCUUUCAAGAGAACUUAAGGUUUGGAGUGUGCUCCUCGAAGUCACAGAUGGCACUCAAGGAUUUGAAGAAUACCGGAUGUACUUGACGGAGCUUUUCAUGAAUCGCGCAAGAAAGGUGAAGGGGACCUGUCUUGUGGAAAUAUUUUGCGAACAUAAUCUGGAGGUUUAUGACAGAGGCAUCGGAGAAUCUAUCAGCAAACUUGCAUUCAAAGCUGUGGAAAUGAUAAUUGAGUCGGGAAAGGGUAAAGAUGCUGACCGUGCCUUUAUGACCUUACACGGAUCUUCUUUGCGAGGUGAUUCUAGCGCAGCCAAGUACGGGGAACUUUUGUCGGUGUUACUGACGAAAUCCUGGCCAAAGACGGAUCGAUCGCACAACAGGUCUGGAUUGGACCUUUCGACUGUAGAGCUUCUUCUCACUUGGAACCCAAUGACUGGAUAUUUCCGUUUCUUUGGUGACGAGUCAGAAAGAAGAAGCAUUUUAACAGAGGAAGGCCAGGAAACAUUAGUAAAGGCUACAUCUGUGCUGUAUGCAAUAGUAGAAAGCAUAUCAAAGGGCACUGUGACUGUUGAAAUCUUAUUGCUUUUACGGAAAAACAAGAAAAAGUUUUUGGAGCUCUUAAAAGCAACAUUCAUUACCAAGGGAGAAGCUACUUCUGAGUCAAAGCAGGAAGUGGAAAGAAAUGUAGAUGAGCGAAUUGAAGAAAUAGAGGAGUACCAAGCUGUUAGAGGAAAAGUGCAGUCAUUUAUCCAUAUGUGUGACCUGAUUAAGCCAGUAAAUGUUGACAACAUCAAGGCAAAAACAAUUGAAGACGUUUCUUGUUACCAAAUAUGUCAAUUGUGUGAAAGAAACGACGAUAAGGAAAUUCAAUUCAAGUUUUUGGAAAUACCACCAGCCAUGAAACAAGUUUUGACGCCGCUUCACAAAGUGCGGGAAAGUUCCACUUUUCAGGAUCUUUGGGCGCAAUAUGGUAAGAAAGCCCAAACAGUCAGAAAGAAUGGCGAGAGAAAGAUGCCUUACCUCAGCGUCUCCGAAGUGGUUGAACAUGUUUGGAAACCAGCGUUCAGUGAGUGGCGCAAACAUGUUGGUGGCGUUUUGGAUGGAACAGUGUCUCUAGGAGAUGUUGAGAAACUUUUUAAAAGUUUCAAGUUGAAGGAGAAAAAACUUGAGGAUGAAUUAACCCGCAUGUUUCAACUAAGCCAGACCCAAACUGCGACAUUAUCCGAGGAAUUGCGAAGAGUAAUCGGUGAUCGAAUAGCUCAGAUUCAGCGGUACCAACAGCUUUGUCAGCACUUUAAUGCAGCUGAGACCAUCUGGAAAUUUAAGGAGGCUAUGGGCUUUACUGGGGACUUCACGGUCAUUCAUGAUUUGCGCAAUCAGUCUUCAGCAGAGUUCAAAGAGAAGCCUUUAAACAGCAUAGGGGAAAGAUUUUUGGAAGCUGGUCGAGCACUGAAGUCUUUGGAUGUCGCCAAAGAAAAGUGUUUCCAAAGUGUGGUUGACAGUAAACAGCUUGUAGAAUGGCUGCGCACCGCUAUUAGAACUACCCAAGAACUUAAGGUUCUGGUUGACUUGGCUUUGAUCUCUGCUGGCGAAACCGACAUGGAAACUGACCGUAUAUCCAAUCUGCAUACCAGCUGCUUAGGCUUUGCGCCGCUGAUCUUUGACCUGAUUGAAACUCAAGAACAGAAAGUGGGCUUUGACCAACUGAUGAAGGCCUGUAAUCCUAUAUGGAAAGCAGUAGAGGCAGAUCAGAUGUUGCCCCGAAAACUGUAUGACACAAGUAGAAACCUGGACUGGUUAAAAACGGUUAAAGAGUCUCAUGGGUCUGUUGCCAUGACGUCGCUAGUGCAGGCUACGACCAUCAACUCCAGCGGUGUAUAUGUUGUGGGUCACUUGGACACUAAAAUAGGUCCGUCACCAGAACAAGGAAAACGGUUGUCGUUGAAAGAUGUGGUCCGACUGACGGUUCCCUUGAGGGAUGGAAGUGAAAAGAAGGAGCAAAAGAAAACUUACUCUAUUGACGAACUAAAGGAUUUGCAGAGUAAACUGAUGUUGAUUGCAGGAAAGGCUGAAAAAGGGAAGGAUGACGUGGAACAGUUUUCGAGGAAUCUGGAAGGCGUCAUGCGUUUGGCUACUGCAUACAUAAACCUCUACGAGUCUGGGUUUGUUCAUCGCAUGGACUGGAAUGGAGAGUUUCACUGUGAAAAUGAUUUCGUGGAGGGAAAAUCUAUCGCUAAAGAUCUGGAAGAUGAAAGCAAAUCCAUGGAAACUUGUUACUCCAACUGGAAAAAGAAGGUUAGUGAUGCAAGAGAGGAGUUCAGGGAAUUGAAUUUUUUCACGACUCAGCAGUUGAUGACACUGAGGAAAGAAAUCGCCACAGUUUGCCACAGCAGUGGCCUUGACGUAAACAGUGUCCAAGUUCUUACCUUGCUAGAAAGCGUUCGUCCCAACUGUACUAACGAACAUUUGAAAUCAGCGAUACAACGGGCUUUCAAAGACACGGGUCUUCUUGAUAACACUAAAGGCCCAGGUGAGCUGCCAUCGUUCUCUCCUGAUCCUCUGCAAUACGAGAUGGUAACUCGUAGAUCAGUCUUUGAAAAGGCAAGUUCCUCGACAGGAAUCGGUGUGCAUCCAGUUCAAGCUGCGUCUGUUAAAAAGCUAAAGCCAAAGCCAAAGAAAACAUCCAAGAUUGAAAGUUUCUUAAAUGCUGCUGCCGAGGAGGGCUUUUCGGAACAAAUCGCACUGGCUGCUCUUGCGAGUCUGGGUGUUGAUGCUGAAGAGGACGACUUACUGUAUUGGUGUUUAGAAGAGGCCGACGAGGCUGACAUCGAGGCUCUGUACGACGAUGCAAGGCAAAACCCCAUGAUUGUGCGAGAAUUAUUCUCAAAAGAAGUUGAUUCUGUUGAUCACGAGUUGCAAGCAGCGGAUCUAAGUGCAAACGAAAGCGGAUCAGACUUGUUACUCGACAUAUCACAGACGCUCGUUGAAAAAGAGCCUGCCGAUCAGAAAACGAGUGAGGACGAAGAGGCAGAGAUCAGUCAGUAUCUUACACUCACACAGCUGGGAAACUUCCUCACGGAGCUUUCAGUAAAAGGGAAACAGGCAACACCUCGGACAUUUCCAGCAUUCUUGAAAAGAGGAAGACCCAACCUCAUGCUUGUUCCAAAAGGUGAAAUUCUUGCGACAGUCCUCACUCUGUAUAUGCAUGACAAGCAACAGCCGUUACCAAGUCAUGAAGAGGUUCUCCUUUGUAGUCCUGAAACCACUACAGAAGAGAUCGAGCUGCUGUGGAGACGAGCCAUUGGGGACAUGGAAGGUCGAUUCUACUGCCUCGUUCAUGCAGAUGUAUUGGACUUCUCUGUCAGCAAACAAGCAAUGGACAUGCUGAGGGUGGUGACGCAGGGACUUGCUGGCAAGCCUGGAGAAAAUUAUGGCCUGGUGGUCAUCUGCAGUAGCGAGAAUGAAGAUCGUGCUAACGUAGUGGCAGCUCUUGAUCAGUAUCGUGUCGCUUCCCCACCUUGUCCUUCGCCUGAAGUCCUCAAAAAAUACCUUAAGCGUCAGCUCAAGGCACCUCCUCCUCAGCACGGAUUCAUCGGAAGCAGUAAGAUUACGUGGACUGUAGCUGGAUCUUUGGAUCCAGAGAGACUUUGUGUCCGAGUUGUCUCGUCUCAUCGCGGAGGCAUGGGAAAGACUCUGUUUGUUCGUCGCUUAACAGAACAGCUGCCUGACCUUGCAAACAAUGAAAUGGUUGUAACAAAUUUGCGCAGCCAAGACUGCAACGCAUUAUUGCAUGUAACUGUACCACUCCAUGGGAAUUCCACCGACUCAUCAAUGGUUGUGGAUGCACUUCUGCCUCACACAGUGAAGGCCAAUGUGCCACUCUCCCGGAUUUUCCAUGUCGACGUAUCACCUUCAAUGAGACGUGGUUUGGAUACACUUCUUUUUAACCUUCUGGUCCUUGGCUACCUUUGUGACAAGAUGGGAAGAGUAUGGAGAAGACGAACCACAGACUUGUACGUCAUUGAAGUUACUACAGCUGCUCCCCUACCCAUGGGGCUCACCAAGGAAGAAGAAUAUGAAAGUCAAGGGAGUCAGUCGGGAAGAUCAAGUUUAUCAAAGCGGCCUUUCUAUGAUUUGUUGCCCACUGUUCACUGUAAUACGCCAGGAAAUGUUCUGCGCCGCUUGGCAGAUACUCAAGAUCCAAAAGACUGCAAUCCUUUGUUUGAUAUCGAAGAAUUUCAAAACGCACCGUUCCAAAGGGUCUAUCAAUAUCUUAAACUGUCGACGAAAGGAAAAAGUCUGGAUAAUUUCACAUUCUCGUCAGAAAAUGUUGAUAAUGAUCGAAAGAAAUGCCUUUCGCUCCUUCUCAGAACCUGUGGUAUUCCCGAUCCUUCUUGGUCGGAGAUUCGUCAUUUCGUGAGUUUUUUGAACUCGCAGCUAAAGGAUUGUGAAAAGAGUUUGUACUGUGACAUGAAGCUGAUGAGGACUAUCCUAGCGGGACCUAAUGUGCUGAAUCUUGAAGGUUUCCGGUCGUUCGUUGUGCGCUUUAUGAUACAAAUGUCAAGGGAUUUUGCUACCCCGUCACUGAUUGACGAGAACCCUAUGUUUUACACGGAGGAUAACGUGGAACUGGAACAAAAAGAGAUCGAACAGUUUCAGCUGAGAAGAAGCUGGGAAACCAGUCCUCAUCCAUACCUCUUCUUCAACCAAGACCGCAUCACCAUGACCUUCCUCGGUUUCUUCAUCAAUUCUGCGGGUGACCUUGUUGACCCUCAAACGAGCAAGACUUUGGAGAGAGGUUUGAUGUCCAAAUGUUUGCGUAAUGGACUGCAAGCUCAGCGUGUCGAUUUUACAACAAACUUAGAGACCUCGAGGAAACAGGACAAGAUAACUCAGUUACGUUCUGUGAUGGGUGUUAACGGAUCGCACGAUCCAGACAGUGCCUAUGAACUUACUACAGACAACGUUAAGAAGAUUCUGGCCAUUCACAUGAGGUUCAGAUGCAGCAUUCCCGUGAUCGUGAUGGGUGAGACAGGGUGUGGUAAGACACGCCUCAUACGAUACAUGUGCGGGUUGCAAGCCGGUCGUAAAGGACCCCGAAACAUGCUUCUAGUCAAGGUUCAUGGUGGUACAACAUACAAAGACAUUGAGCUUAAAGUUCGCCAAGCAGAAGAUAUGGCUCACGUAAAUCAAGACAAGAAUAUUGACACGGUUCUUUUCUUUGAUGAAGCCAACACUACUGAAGCAUUGUCUAUGAUUAAAGAGGUUAUGGUGGACCGAAGAAUAAAUGGUCGGCCCAUUGGGCAAGGUUUACAAAGGCUGCAGUUUAUUGCUGCCUGUAAUCCUUACAAAAGACACACGGAUGACAUGAUUCGCAAACUUGAGUCAGCAGGGCUUGGAUAUCACGUGAAUGCACAUGAAUCAGAAGAUCGGCUUGGUCAUAUUCCAUUACGCCAUCUUGUGUACCGUGUACACGCCCUCCCAGGAAGCAUGCGCCCGUUGAUUUGGGAUUUUGGCCAGUUGAAACCCGAUGUUGAGAGACUGUACACCAAUCAGAUCGUCAGCCGCUACAUUCUUCGAGAAAAUCAAUUACCAGGAGACUCAUUGACAGUAAAGGCAGUUGCGGAAGUUCUGGCAGCUUCGCAGAAGUAUAUGAGAGAUCAAACGGAUGAGUGUAGCUUUGUUAGUCUUCGUGAUGUUGAGAGAGCCAUGCAAGUAAUGGUCUGGUUUUAUGAGCACAUGGAUACACUCGGUGAACUGAUGGACGUGGUGAUAGCUGAGCAACGAAUGGAGGAAGGCUUGGAUGACGAGGAUGAGGCUUUAAAUCCUCUUACCCGUGCCCUGGUACUCGCCAUUGGUGUCUGCUAUCACGCUAAGCUACAGAAGCGGCGGGAAAGAUAUCGAACAGAGGUGACAAAGAGCUUCAAGGCACCGUGUUUACUUCCAGGUGGUCAGGAGCAAAUCCUCCGUGAAAUCUCAAGUUGUCAAAAAGCUGUGCUAAACGAUUUGGAACUUGGCCCCAACAUCGCUCGCAACACAGCCUUGAGCGAGAAUGUGUUUAUGAUGGUGGUGUGUAUUGAGCUCAGAAUCCCAUUAUUUGUGGUUGGAAAACCGGGCAGCUCUAAAUCUUUGGCCAAGACGGUUGUCGCUGAUAACAUGCAAGGAGAUGCUUCAAGAACGCCACUAUUCAAAACCUUCAAGCAGGUUCAUAUGGCAUCAUAUCAGUGCAGUCCUCUUUCAACCCCUGAGGGUAUCAUGGCGACUUUCAAGCAGUGUAGCAAGUUACAGGAAGGAAAAAAUCUAGACAAGUUUGUUUCAGUUGUAGUCCUUGAUGAGGUUGGCCUCGCUGAGGAUUCUCCUCUCAUGCCCCUAAAAACCUUACAUCCACUGCUUGAAGAUGGCGUCACCUCUGCUGAUGACGUUAUUGAGACUGACGAGAAACCACAACGUGUAGCUUUCAUUGGAAUCUCAAAUUGGGCCCUGGAUCCUGCCAAAAUGAACCGUGGAAUUAUGCUGUCGCGCGGGGUGCCCGAAAAAGAUGAACUUGUUGACAGUGCAAUGGGAAUUUGUUCUACGGAUGAAGGGGUGAAACAUCUUAUUCAACCUCUCAUAUCUCCAUUGGCUGAUGGAUAUGCAGAACUUUACAAGGAACAGAAGAAUUUUGCAACCUUAAAGAAAUGGGGCAAAGAAGAAUUUUUCGGUCUUCGUGACUUCUAUAGCUUAAUCAAGAUGGUGUACUCGAUCGCUGCAAAAUCUGAACAUAGACCUCGUUGGCACGAACUAGAACAUGCUAUCAAGAGGAACUUUGGUGGCCUGACUGAAGAAGACCCUGUGGAGAUAUUUAAACGAUACUAUCCAGAAACAGAUGAUGAUGUUGUAGAAACCUGUACGACAAUAAGAUUAAUCGAGGCAAGUCUUGGAAGGGAAGACGUGGCUGACCGAGCUAAUUUCAGUGAGAACCGUUACCUCCUGAUAUUGACUGAAAACUAUGCUGCGCUACCCAUCAUACAACAGCUUCUUUUGAAGACAUCAGACGGUGCUGUUGUGAUCUUUGGAAGCAGUUUUCCAAAUGACCAGGAAUACACUCAGAUUUGCCGCAACAUCAAUCGUAUCAAGGUCUGUAUGGAAACAGGAAGAACCGUGAUCUUGUUGAACCUUGAGAGUCUUUACGAGAGUCUUUACGAUGCCUUAAAUCAGUACUAUGUGUACUUUGGAGGACAGAAGUAUGUGGAUCUUGGGCUUGGUACUCACCGUGUAAAGUGUCGAGUUCAUGACGAUUUCAAGUUGAUAGUGAUUGCCGAAAAGGACGUGGUGUACAACAAAUUUCCUAUACCGCUGAUCAACCGUUUAGAGAAACACUUCCUUGUCACCUUAACAAGUUUAACUCCUGAGCAGGGGAAUGUAGUACAGAAAAUGAAUCUCUGGGCUGGUCAGUUUUCUGAGGUUUCGAGAGAAAGUAGACGUAACAGGGAUUUCUCCAUCGGGGACGCUUUUGUUGGAUUCCACGAUGACACAAUCCCCUCCAUUGUGAUGCAAGUCUGCAGUGAAAUUGAAAGAGAGGAAAAUUUAUCGGCUAGUGAUCGCACUGAGGAUACAAGGGAAACGAAAGUACUUGGAAGAUGUCAGAUGAUGCUUCUGGAGAUGGCUACACCUGAUGCAAUCGCUCGUCUUCCAUACACUGCUCUGGAAAGACACGCUUGUUCCAUCUGGAAUAUCUACUUUAAAGAGCAACAACAUUCAAGUGUAGCAGCGUUCAUGUCGCACGUGCUUAUCUUGGACGAUAAUCGUCAAGAUGAAAGGCGCCAGGAAGGGCUCUCGAUUCAGGUAACUACCCAUUCACGUCUGCUCUCCAACAAAGAUUUGGAUGAAAUGUGUAAUCAAACUGAUUUUAGACGUGCGAAUGUGGUUUUAAUGACACUGCAACAAUUCCAAACGGAGCAGCAGUUUAGAGCUUCGGUCAGGGAUUUUUUUAAGCGUUUGGGCGGAAAAUGUCCUGGCAUUCUAGUGGUUCAGUGCGAUGCGGGGGAUGAAAAUUUUAACCUGAUUGCGGGUGCAAGGCACAUUCUGCUAGAGGAACGAACAAAUGCACCUGAAAUAUUCGAUUUGCCUUCGGUGCAAGCUGUCCACAUUGUGCUGAUCAUACAGCUACCAAGAAUUGCUGGUGGAUGUCAUAACUUUGUCGGUUUUCAAGGAGGGAAAUGGAUGUCUGUUCACAUUGACGAACUUCGUCCACCUGGCGGGCACACUCCUUCCAUUGAGCAACUCACCGAUCGUCCUAUCAGUGAGCUUUUCAGCUUGGAAAGUGGAGUAGCAAUGGCGGUGGAGCUCCUACGUAACUGUGUACAGGCGGCUGCUUGUAGAAUUGAUGGCGAAACGGAAUCAGCAGAACGGUCAACUCAUAGGAUUGAGCUGCUUUUGGAUUCACUACCUGAUGACUAUCAAACACAGAGAGAUGAGAAGUCAUUUGCAAGCGUACUGGUACAAAGAACAUACAACCUCUUGAUGGAAAAGGAGGCUACUGCAUACGAUGCACAGAGGUGGCUCCACUCGGAAGCUCUCUCUGGAACAGGCGUGCAGGAGUGGGGCACCUUUAGAAAGGCUCUUUUGCAAAGAAUGUAUUCAGUGGUGGUGCCCAUUUUCGCUGAGAUCAUCGCAUUUGCAGACAGGGACAUGAACUUGGACUUGGUGAAGAGUGACAAUAGUUGGAUUUCAAAGCUGUGGUUAAAGAUUUUAGCAGACCCUACCAUUUCAGAACUGAGUUACAGUGAAAUGAUAUCACCUGCUACUAAUUCUGUGCGGGAACGUGUUCAAGUCAUUGGCUCUGGAGCCGGGGAUCACGGGUUCUGUAGCCAGUUUCCAUUUUCGUUCCUUAUAAAGCAACACGUGGAGAACAUGGUUAAAGAGGCAUCUAGCGCCUCAGCUGUACCCGGUUCUAGUACUACCCUGUUGGUCGCGUUACGUGAUAUGAUCGACAAUUCGCAGCUGGGACUUCUCUUCAAGGACUUACGCCAUGAAGACGCCGUUGCUCUGCAAUACCUGAUGGAUUUCGUACACAUGGUGCACAAACCUUCAAACGAUAGUGAACACGAGCUCGUGUACGAAGCGAUUCUUUCGUCUGCGAGAGAACUUGGUACCCUGGAAGAUGAGGAUGGUAACGAGUCGAUUGACAUAGCUCUCGUUCAUGUCGCACACAGUAGAGUUCAACACCGUUUAAAGUAUUUU